AUGGCCCUGACCCCAACCCAGAAGCCAUCACCCCUACAAACCACUAAUAGACCUGCAGGACCCCAAACACCCCACCAUGCCCAAACUUACCCCAACAGAACCAUCCUCAACCCCUCCACCAUAAUAGACCUCAAUGGGACCAAACACCCACCAUGCCCUGACCCCAACAGAAGCCAUCACCCCUCCACCACUAAUAAUAACUCAAAUGGGGACAAAGACACCCACCAUGGACCCAUUACCCCUAACCCAAGAAAAGCAUCACCCCAUCCACCACUAAUAAGACCUCACCCGGACUCGGGGACAAGGCACCACCAUGCCCUGACCCCAACAGAAUCCAUCACCCCUCCACCACUAAUAGACUGCAGGGGACAAGACACCCACCAUGCCCUGACCCCAACAGAAGCCAUCACCCCUCCACCACUAAUAGACUGCAGGGGACAAGACACCCACCAUGCCCCUACCCCAACAGAAGCCAUCACCCCUCCACCACUAAUAGACUCAAGGGAACAAGGCACCCACCAUGCCCUUACCCCAACAGAAGCCAUUACCCCUCCACCACUAAUAGACUCAUUGGGACAAGACACCCACCAUGCCCUUACCCCAACAGAAGCCAUCACCCCUCCACCACUAAUAGACUCAAGGGGACAAGACACCCACCAUGCCCUUACCCCAACAGAAGCCAUCACCCCUCCACCACUAAUAGACUCAAUGGGACAAGACACCCACCAUGCCCUGACCCCAACAGACACCCACCAUGCCCAGACCCCAACAGAAGCCAUCACCCCUCCACCACUAAUAGACUCAAGGGGACAAGACACCCACCAUGCCCCUACCCCAACAAAAGCCAUCACCCCUCCACCACUAAUAGAUUCAAGGAAGCCAUCACCCCUCCACCCUAGUAGACUGCAAGUGGUACAAGACACCCACCAUGCCCCUACACCACAGAAGCCUAUCACCCCUCCACCACUAAUAACUCAAGUGACAAGGCACCUACCAUUCCCUGACCCCAAACAAAAGCCAUCACCCCUCCCACACUAUCGACAUCAAGGUGACAAGGCACCCACCAUGCCUGACCCCAACGAAGCCAUCACCCCUACACCACUAAUAGACUGCAGGGGACAAGGCACCCACCAUGCCCUGACCCCAACAGAAGCCAUCACCCCUCCACCAUUAAUAGACUGCAGGGGACAAGACACCCACAUGCCCCUACCCCCAACAGAAGAAGCCAUCACCCUCCACCACUAA